CUCAGACAAACAAGUUGGUUACACAGUCUGCCAUAAUCUCGCUACUCGUCUCCAGAGAAUACAAUCUGCAGAUUUCAAGAUGCCCAUCGAUCUUUACUUAGUUGUCGGAAGUGCACCAUGCCGGGCCGUGCGCUUAGCAGCGGCGGCCAUAGGAGUGGAUUUAAACCUGAAGAACGUGGACCUCAAGGCCGGCGAACACCUGAAACCUGAAUUUAUUAAGAUGAAUCCACAACAUACAGUGCCUACACUGGAUGACAAUGGCCUACAUAUAUGGGAAAGCCGCGCGAUUAUGACUUACCUGGCCAAUCAGUAUGAUAAGAACGAUUCUCUUUAUCCAAAAGAUCCAAAGAAACGAGCCUUGGUUGAUCAGAGACUAUAUUUCGACUUGGGAACUCUAUACCAAUCUUUUAUCAAUUAUUAUUAUCCACUGGUAGUUACCGGCGUCACUCCGGAGCAAGCAAAAUACGAUAAAAUGAACGAUGCCUUGUCUUUCUUAAAUAAAUUCCUAGAAGGGGAAAAUUAUGUGGCGGGAAAAACUCUAACUCUCGCCGAUCUUGCCUUAGUCGUCACCAUUUCUAAUUACCAGCUUGUGGAUCAUGACUUGAGUAAAUAUAGCAACAUUUUGAGAUGGUUCGCCAAAAUCCAAGCCGAAGCUCCUAAAUACGGUGAAGUCGAAGGUGUCGGUAUGAAGGCAUUCAAAGAUCUUGUCGAAAAUAUUAGAAAAAAGAAGUAAUCUCAUGGCAUUGUUUUAACAGUUG